UGGGUCGCUAUCAAACGCACACGUCAAUUUUGUCUUUGUAUUUUGGUGAAGAUUCUGCAGAUGAACCAGCGAGAAGUGAUUCCAUUGAAGAGAUAAGCGAUAAAGGCGCCAUCCAUUCUUUCUUGUAUGUUGGUGAAAACCUGCAGGUGCAUUCGCGACGAGGUGAUUCGAAUAAUCAAGCUUAUACUGUGUAUGCUACUUGAGGUCAUCCCUCAUCUAUAUAAACUGAAGACUCUGCAGAUUCUGGAGGAUACUUCGUGAUAGUCUGUCAUCAUGUCUGCAAGGAGCGGAACAACAGCAGUCAAGAAGAAACCUGUUUCCAAGUCUCAAAAAGCUGGCUUGCAGUUUCCUGUGGGCCGAAUGGCUCGAUUUCUGAAGAACGGACGAUAUGCUAAGCGUAUCGGCGCGGGUGCUCCUGUGUAUCUCGCGGCCGUGUUGGAGUAUCUGGCUGCAGAGCUAUUGGAGCUUGCGGGCAAUGCAUGUAGAGACAAUAAGAAGACGAGGAUAAUCCCACGCCACAUCCAGUUAGCAGUUCGUAACGAUGAAGAGCUCAGUAAGCUUCUUGCGGAAGUCACUAUAUCUCGAGGUGGGGUUCUGCCGAACAUCAAUCCGAGCUUGCUGCCUAAGAAGACCGCCUCUAAGGCAGAAAAAGAAGUUGCCGAGGCUGACGACAAGAGCACCAAGGAUAAAGCAAAGGAAAAGGAGACGGUUACAUCUUCGAAGAGAUCCCCCAAGGCCAAGUCCGAGAAGAAGUAGAGAGAAUGAUAGCAAGAUUUCAUGCCUCUAGCAUUUCUAAUCUCAGUCAGAAAUUGAUAUAAGAUUACAGUCUCAUUUUUCUGCUUUUUUAAAAAAAAAGUUUUUAUUUAAGUUGAUGAGUAAAUUUGACAAAUAGAGGGUAUGGAUCAUUGUAUGAGAUUGUAGCAAGGAUGGGCUAGAUCAGAUGAUCAAGAAGAGAGGGAUUGAUUGCUCGAUUGACUGAUUCAUCCACACGAACUACUCUAGACAUGUCGAAGUUACAGCACUGUGUAAAUUUGCCUAACCUGAAUGAUGGAGUGAAGUGGUUUUCCUGG